AGGCGUUGGAAGAGGCUGGGAAGCUGGCAACGAGGCCGGAGCGCCUGAGAGCCCGUGGCCGCUGCCUUCGCGCCGCCGGGGAGGGGCGCCUGGGGGAGAAAGCGAGCACGCUGGUGCUCAGGCUGGAGAGAAACAAAGAAGCUGGGAGCGCAGCGAAGGAGCUUUUCUUCGGGGGUGCCUGCGCGCUGAGGAUGCCGCGCGGCUAGUGAAGGAGCCCGGAGAAGAUUGUGUGCUGUAUACUAUGGGAUGGGUGAAGAAGAGAACAGAUACACAUCUCAGCUCAAGGAUGUGUAUGACAGCUGUGACACCACAGGCACUGGGUAUUUGGACAAGGAGGAGCUGACUGAACUGUGCCACAAACUACAUCUGGAAGGACAGCUCCCCUUACUUCUGGAAACACUUUUGGGGAAUAAUCACUUUGCCAGAGUUAAUUUUGAAGAGUUUAAGGAAGGUUUUGUGACCAUAUUGUCUUCAACUAUUAAUCUUGGCCUUUCAGAUGAUGAGAGCAGCUACCUGGAGCCAGUUAUUCCAGAUGAGAUUGAGCCCAAGUACAUCACCAAGGCCAAAAGGUAUGGCCGCCGGACAAGGCCAGAACUUGAAAGUACCAAGUUGGAAACCCCCAAAUAUUUACAAGAGGAGCAGAGAAAGGCAAAUGUUAAAAGUCAGCUGAGGCGUUCAACUUCUUUGGAGAGUGUGGAGAGUCUCAAAUCAGAUGAAGAGGCUGAAAGCUCAAAAGAACAGCAGCAGCAGCAGUUUGAGGGCCAAGGUCAGAUGUGUACCUGGGAUGAUAACCUGAUUGACAACCCUAGAGAAGUUCCCACCUUGUAUUUGAACAUGUCUGAGAAUCAGAUUCAGGUUACUUGGGAAGAUCUUGGCAUUGGAAAUAAUGGAUACCUCAACAAACAAGAGCUGGCUGCUGUUUGUAAGAACAUUGGACUCAAAGAGAUGGAAAAAGAGGAACUUGAAGAAUUAUUUUACAAGUUGGAUAGUGAUGGAGAUGGCAGAGUAAGCUUAAAGGAAUUCCAGUAUGGCUUCUUCAGCCACAUCUGCAUUCCUUGUCCUUGUUCUUCCACGCCACUUAAAUCAAAAAGGCAAAGAUCACUCUCUAACCAGAUUUUGAAAGACAAUGGACAACCAGCUGCAACUCCACCUUUUUUAUCUGGCUCUGUGGCUUUGAAUCUUUUCUCUAGCAUUGAUGAUGGCAGUGGUUUUGCAAGUGUGGAACAAGUUGUCUCCAUUUGGGCCUGGGAAGGAGUUGAAAACUGCAAAGAGAUUUUUAAGAGUCUUGAUUGCAACGUGGAGGAGAAAGUGAACCUUAAAGAGCUCUCUGUAGUCCUUGAUGAUGAAUUAAUUGCUUCAAAAAAUGGACUUCAACAGGCAGCUGUUGCCUCUUAUAAACAUGAACUUCAUCAUCUACGAACACAAGUGGAACGGAUUUCCAGUGAGAGAAACAAAGCAAGAGCUGAGGCGGAGAAGGCUGAAAAGAGGAAUUGGCAACUUUUCAAGGAAGUGGAUGAUAACUACAGUGCUCUGGAGCAUCACAAUGAAAGUAAACUCAGAGCUCUUGAGCAAGAUUUCAAAGAGAAACUAAUGGCAGUCAAGUCUGAAGUCAAGGUGGAAAGGGAAUUGCUCAUGCAGCAAGUGUACCAUCAGAGAACCAAGUUAGAAGCAGAUCUCAGGCACUUUAAAGAGGAGGAUUCUAGCUUGCGGAAGAAGCUGACCUUGAUGAUCAAGGAAAACAGUCGCCUGCAGAAUGAAGUUGCUGAGGUGGUUCAAAAGCUGACUGAAUCUGAAAAUCAAGUUUUGAAACUUCAGAGAGAUCUUAAUUUCAUGUUGAAAGACAAGCUGGGACUGCUAGAUCCAUUCAGCACAGAGCUGUUUGAUCAAGAAGAACAUUUUGCUGCCAUCAUUCGAGAGUAUGAACUGCAGUGUCGGGAACUGCAUGACAAGAACGAUGAGCUGCAGAUGGAGGUGGAAAAGCUGAGAUCCCAGCUGCAUGCAAAGAAGCCUAAUCUGGCAUGCUAUAAAAUGAAGACCAGCAACACUGGAGAAAGGCCCUUGCCUGGAAGUGAAAAAACUAGAGUUAUAGACAACAUUCAAAGGGAUGAUCAUCUUCUUGGAUACCAGCAUUUACCAAUCAAAGGCCAAAAUGAUGACACUUUCAUAACAUCUGAUCCCUAUUCAGUAAGUAUAGAAACAGAACUUCUGGUGGAAGAGUUAAAAGAACAGAAUCAAAAUAUGAAAAUGCAGCUAGAAACCAAGGUCAAUUACUAUGAGAGGGAAAUAGAACUAAUAAAAAAUAAUUUUGAGAAAGAAAGGAAGGACAUUGAACAAGGUUUCAAGAUCAAGAUUAGUGAAUUGGAAGAACAGAAGCAUGCCCUGGAAGAGUUGAAUGUGAAAUGCCAGGAAGUGAUUGAUGGUUUGAAAAACCAGGUUCAGAAACUAGAUCCUAUCCAAGAAAUGAAGAGAUUUGAGAAGGAGAGGACAGAAAUGGAGCAGUACUAUGCCAAAGAAAUUUCAAACUUAGGACAGAGGCUGGCUCAGGAAAGGGAAAGAUUGGAAGAUGACUCGAAAAUGAAGCAUGAAAUGGAGAUGCGUUUUAUGAGACUGGAACUGCACAGGGUUUCAGAAGACAAUAUUCUCUUAAAUAAUAAACUUGGGAAAAGUCAGCGAGAAGUAGAGGAUAUUGGUGAGACAAACAAAAAGCAGAAAAAGCACAUUGAUGAAUUGAAGAUGGAAAAAGAGAAGGCAAUGUAUGAAAUAAAAGAAUUAAAUGACCUGAACAAAUGCUACAAAGAGGAAAUCCUACAGCUGAACACCAGGACUGCUCAGCUAAGCCAUGAAUUCUUUGAAUUAAGCAGCAAUAAUAAAGCCAGUCAGAAAACAAUCAAGAUACUGAAUAAGAGGUUUGUUGAAUUGGAGAGCCAAAAAGAACAAGAAGUUAUGGUAGCCAAGCAACUUCAGGAGGCCUCUGCUGAGCUGACAAAGGAACAUUUUCAGCAGCAGUUGACAUGGCAGGGCGAAAAGGAAUUGCUAAGCCAAGAGCUGAAGUCACUGAAGGAAAAGCUAUUAGAAGCCAACACAAGAUUAUGCCUAGCUGAGUCUCAGCAUGCACAGCAGCUGCAACAAGUAAAAACCCAGAUGGACAAAACCAUACCUAAGGACCAUCUUGUGGACCUUGAAACCAGAUUGGCAGAAGAACAGAAAACAGUUAGAAAGUUGCAAGGAGAUCUGAACUUCCAGGGAGAACAGAUGAAAUGGCAACUGGCCAUUUAUCAAGAAGAAUAUGAAAACUCACGUAGAAUAAUGGAGGAGAGGUUGGGGGAAGUAGAAAUGAAUCUGAAGAAUACACAAAUUUUGCUUCAGGAAAAGAUGGUCCAAAUUAAGGAGCAAUUUGAAAAAAAUGCCAAGUCUAAUCUAUUGCUGAAGGACCUGUAUGUGGAAAAUGCACAUCUGAUGAAAAUGCUACAGGUUACAGAACAGAUGCAGAAGAGCACAGAAAAUAGAAACUUAAUUCUAGAAGAAAAAAUUUCAUCCCUGAAUAAGCUAGUUGGAGAAAUCACAUUCGCAUCUCAAUGAAUUAGUUAUUAACUUAAUUUACCGUAUUUUUCCGACUAUAAGACACUUUUUUCUAAAAUCCUUAUGCUCAAAAUUG